AGUUCCGUAUCUGUGUGAGUUAUUGGUUGAAUGGAGCCGGGAGAUCGAUUCUCCAUUGGGUUUCAAAUAGUCUGGUGGGCGAGAAAAACGAAAUGGAAAUUCCGUAAGUUGCAAAGUAGACAUCAAAAUGGAUUUCCUGCUCAAGCUUGAGGAUGAAGAGGAGCGGUUCCAGCGUGCCGAGGGCGAAAUAGGCACGAAGACUGAAGCAGCCGCCACAGCAGGCGAGACCCCCGACAGUGCACUCGCCGUUGCAGCACGUGGUGGCGGAGCUCCAGCUGCAACGUCGCCCACGACAGCGUCGACCGGCUUUGAGCACCAGCAGAAGGAGAGAAAUGGUGCUAAAAAUGCAGGAGCAAGCGGCCCUAGCAAAUCGUCCGCGUCCUCCACGGGUUUUCAGGGGGAUCCGGUGCCAAAAAUCCGUGCGGUGUUCGACCGAAUAACAGAGCGCGUGGACGCCAUGCACGCUUUGACAGCGGCGGACGAGGAGAAAGAGAACGCAUCAAUAGUGACCGGCAUAACUUCUUCUACGGGAGGUCAUGUUGGUAUACAACAAGAACAGGGCGACGCUGGCGCAGAGGAUGACGGAAAAAUCAGCAAGAAUACCGCUGAAGAAGUUGUCGACGACCAGGAGUCCCCAGGCGCCGGCACCGACCAAGUGGCACGGCGGAGUCAGAGCAACUUCUACUUUCUCUCCGACGCGGACAUCAUGGCACAACUGCUCGGAUCCGCCAACGACGAUGUUGAGGUCGUUGUACCGGAGGAACGGAACAAGAACCCUGCUUGUGCUCCCACAGCAUCAAGAGCUGCAGCGGCAACAGAAGAUGGUGCUACAGGUCCGGAUGAUCUCAGUCUCGCUGAUGGCAAUGAAGAUGGUUUAGCUAGUACGGAACCCAUUCCCCUCGCGUCCCCCAUGGCUUCCUCCACGAAAAGCGCAGACGACCAUUUGAUUCCACGACACUGUGCGCAUUUUUUGGACAAGCUCUGCUUCUUCUCCUACUUACCGGAGAAAAUCAAAAAAGCGUUGCUCCAAGAACAAAUCAAGGACCUGCCGAUGGGAAGGAAAUUCACGCUGCACUCUGAAGAGGUAGAAGAAUUUAAUUUGUUAUUGUUUUUGAUAGCUAGAAGAUCCACUGUUCUACAUGGAGAAGGAGAACGAGAAAGAUGCAUGCUGUUGGCGAUAAUGAAGCAAGUACAAAAUAAAUGGCCAAGAAGAACACGACGCAAGAACUUGAAGUUCUUGCGUCGUGUUUUCAGGACGUUUAUAAAAACCAUUAUGCAUCUUUGUAUUUCCGGGUUUUGUGCAGUUUUACAAAGUGAAAGAAAACACAAGCACCACAAAACAGCCCUUAGGAGGUAUGCUUUUCAGCACCCCUUAGUAUAGGUGCCCUUCCUGCACUGCAUGGGGGAACCUUUUUCCCAUGGGGGCCUACUUUUCCUGCCUCUUUUCAUCCCCCUUGUGUUAGGUGGGGUCUCCAUCAGCGACCGCCCUUCUCUGCUCUAUCUCGUCCUCAUUUAGAAUCUACCUCCACAGCAAACCACUAGUAAGGUCGACUGCGUAGUGCCAGUGCGCCCGUGGAACGCACAUCGUUGAAAAUGUUUCACGAUGGUGCUGCGCGCUUUCCACAGCUCAGAUUUAUAGAAGCCAAUUCUUUGCGUGAAUGCUACAGAGGAGCGAGAAAGCGAACGCAAGAUCGCUCCCGGGUUUGCUUCGGAUUUGCAAAAUAUUUUGCAAAUAUUUUGCAAAGCGCCCGACUUUUUCGGGUGCUUUUUCGGCGCUAAGAUAUCGACCAUUACAGGUCGGCGCUAGCUGUCAGGAAAUAGCAAAAUGUUUGCAAAAUAUUUACAAAAUAUUUGCAAACCCGGGACAAAUCCGGCGCAAACCCGGAAGCGGUCAUUUUGGCCGAAAUGUGAUGACACGAAAAUCCCAAAAACCUGGGAGAGUCGGAGUCUAGCUCCUUUGCGAAUUGAAUUCGAAAAGGAGCUAGACUCCGGCUCUCGUGUACCAGCAUCAAGGCGAAAGUGUCUGGGUCUGAGAGGAUCCAAAAUUGUCAUCCUAAGUCUGAAUUUUACAAAAAAGCGAGCCCCAUGAACCGAAGAAGCUGCCCGAUUUCUUGCCAGACAAGUUUUGUCUGUUGAAAGGCCAGCGAGCUCCUGCAAAAUCAAUCUGCGAUACUUCGGCGGGUAUUCCGAGGCAUCGCUGAGGUUUUGUUCGUCUGAAAAGGCAUCGCCUGACUCGGUUGAUUGUUUAUUUGAUUUCGCUCGUAGAUUAGGGCGCUGAUUUGUAAAAUUGAACAAAACCCGGAAACGUUUAUUUGUAUAAUGGUUUUUAGGUGUAGAGAACUUCUCCUGAGUCUAAAAUUUCAGGUUCUACCGAACUUUGUGUACCAAUUUGUCCUCUACAAGCACAGUGAGAAGCAGGUCCGCAUGGGGUGGAACUGGCUGUACCGCAACUACGACAAGAUCUGCCGGACCAAGGACAAGUCCUCGCAACUUCCGCAUUGGCUCGUCCCGUAUUUCAAAGCUGGAAGCUUGGCAGGAUCCUCCGUCACUUCCUCAACACCAUCGACAACGAUAAUAAACCCCGUGACCAAGCUGAACUCGCUGCUGGAGAAGCUUAACAGCUGGUGGUACGACCGGGACCGGGAGCUGGAAUGCUUCCUGCACGAAAUCAAAUUGCAGCUGACGAUGCACCUGCGCAACCUGGAGCAGACGCGACUCCUGGAACGGGAACGGGAGAAACAGAAGGGGAGUUUUUAUCCAGGAGCCACGGGUAUUGUUUGUUCUUUCAUCGAGCACAGCACCUAGGACGUCGUCGGUGGGCAGCUUCAGAUUUACGUUUAGUGUUUUCAGCAUCAUAAAAGAUCGCAUUGCCAUCUUUCGUAUGUUUGUAAUGAACAAGAGGAGUAGAAGUGACAAAUUUGAACUCCAACCUCCACCAGAUCCGACCAAUACCGCCGGCACAGCAGCGAUCCCAAUUGACAGCGAUCCGGAGUUGAGUCCCGACUCGCUACGCCGCCAAGAGGAGGCGGAGCAGGUUCUGCAGGCCAUCCUGCAGCAGCAGCGCAAUAGCUGGAUGGCGAGAAAAUCAACUGGCUCUCCAACAACUUCCUCUAAAGACCAACCAUUGUCACCAAUCCAGCUGCUGGAGCAAAACGGUGGCGCUUCCGCUAGUAAAAAGAAGACGGUGCGCAUUCAGCUGGAGGAAAGCGAUAUGGGAGUGUCAGGUUUGAAAUCGACAAAGUUGAAAUAAUUUGUCAUGCAUAAAAUGGAUGCCCAUGCCAGUUAGACCUGCAGUUUGUAGUCGGUGCAUGACAAAUUUUCCCGGUCCUGGAAGCGAGUCUGUCAUGCGGUUUAGGGCAAAAGAGCUGCCUUCUGUCAUGCUAGUCAGCAGUCCAACUUUUGACCCUUACCAGGACUAUAAUCUGCCUCCCUUGCGUCCUUUGCAAUGGAGUCACUUUUUGCAUCGCAUUUUAUGCAAGGACGCUGUAUGGCUGCGACCUGUGUGGCAAAUGCUGUCCUUAACCCGCCGAGCGAAGUCGGUAACUUUGGCGCUUUUCGACAGGAGACUUCGGCAUAAUCGCGUGGACAGCGCGGCGGGUUUAGCACUCUGACUCAAAAAGUUCUCGAAGUUCCAAACUGUUUUUGAUCCUCGGCAGUCCCGCGCAGGAAGCUCAGCGCAGAGCGCUCACAUGCAUGACAAACUCGGACCUCGCUUGCGGUUUCUCGGUACUUCUUUCUCGAACCUGAUCUACGGCACUCCUGUGUCUCCGGAGUGCCCGACGUCGGUCGUUUGUUUUUCGGAAAGCUCGACUCUUCGGUCUUGACGCGGUGGGUCCUUCUCGAUCUUGACCUACUAGCACAGCCUGCGCAGAGCGCUCACGUGAAAGAAAAGCUCGUAUCUCAUUUUCGGUUUCUCGUUUUCGGAGUGCUCGACUCUCCGUCCUUGACUCGGUAGCUCCUUCUCGAUCCAGAUCUACGGCAAUCCGGUGCAGCACGCUCAUACGUAAACUCGCAUCUCGCUAUCGAUCUUUCGUUUUCGGAGCGCUUGGUCACCCCGGGCAAAAACAAACGAGAUAAAGUCCAAGAUGGGCGUCGCUAUAAUCCGGGACUAGGGUCUGCAGCUACCGGCGGAUCGAUCCAGGGCAAGCACGGCGAAGGUUCUUAACCCUGCCCUUCGGGGGGGGGCGUGCCGCAGGUUUUGUCAAUCUCGUGACAGAGCGGUCCUGACGGAGCGCCCACUCACUCGACUCGAUCCGAUCUCUGCGAACUCUCGCAGAGGCUCGCUGUCCCUGUCGUCAUGGUGCUCAUCCUCGAUCCGUAGCCAGUCGGGGACUGUCCACGCCUCCAACCCCGUCUCAUCACCACACCAUCGACGUUUAGCAGAUGGUCGUCAACGUCUCGGCGCUAUGGCGAGUGCGAUAACCCGCGGCACCCGACCGCUGAGAACGACGCGCUGUGCUUAGAGCGGCAUCUCUCUCUACAAUUACGUCCCGGCCUCAGCGGCGCCCUGCUCUCUGCACGACGUCCUCGUGCUUGCAUUCAUCCGCGCAAGAGCCUUCAGCCACCUGCGGCUACACGCGCGCGGGCACCACUAUGUAACUACCAAUUGACAGAUGAACUGAGACAGGUGGUAGUAGCGCCUCGGCUGUCCCUGAUAUUUUGCCUUUGUUGGCGGGACCGCCUUUUCCUCUUUAUCGCCCUCGGGGCGUCUGGCCUUUGCAUCGUUUGUAUUCUGCGGUCCUGCUGUGAUUUUGUGUUGGUCAUGACACUGAUACAAUGCGUCAAAGGCCGUUGAGGCUGCCAGUUCUCUCGGCCCGCUCUCAUCUGUCAAAACUUUUCCUGGUGCCCCGAGCCCCAGCAUAUCUGCGGCGAUUAUACUCUCUGGCGACACCUGACUGCGCGGCGUUAGGUGCAUUAACCCGGACCUGCACCUCCUAAUUUUACCGGACCUUUCUAAACCUCAUCGCAGACUGUAUUUGUGCCUGCGGUGGCCGUUGGGUUCCGAAUAGCAAAUUUUCGUAUGCAUGGAGUCAGCUGCAGGCUGCUGCUUCCUUAUAGCAGUUUGCCUGGUAGGCUCCUGCACAGUCCGUGAGCGCAAUGAGUUGGUACGUUGGCGAACGUUAAACGUACUCUGUUGGCAAUAAGUUGGUUUGUUGGCGAAAAGUAAGGUUUGUUGGCGAACAAUAAACGCAUCCGUUGGCGCAAUGUAAGGAUCGUUGGCGAACGUUAAACGUACUCAGUGGGCGAAAAGUUGGACUUGUUGGCGAAAAGUAUGGUUUGUUGGCGCAAAGUAAGGAUCGUUGGCGAACGCUAAACGCAUGUUGGCGAAGUGAGGACUGUGUGCGAAAGUAAGGAAAAGUUGGCGUAAGUGGGAUCAUGUGCCCGAGGAUGAUGGUGAUGGCUUCGGUCCGCCUGACUCCACGACCUGGUGGCCGAACCAUCUGCGGUGAGGUGCCCUUACAGGUUGUGUUGUGGUUUCGGUCGGUUUAGCAUGACAAAUCAUUUCAACUUUGUCGAUUUGUCGAUUUCAACUCUGACACAUCCAUAAGCGAGACCGGGACCGGCGGGACCUCGUUCAUCGUGUCACCUGAUCUAUGCAUGGCAAAAGCUUAACAAGCUGCAUGGUAGAUCGUGUAAGUGUACUGGAAUAAUGCUCGGAUGAGGAAUUUUGCUUAUGAAAUUUGUGGUGCAGAUUAAGCUAGUGAAAAAAUAAAAAGCAGCAGAGCUGGCAUCGAUCCAGGAACAGCGUUUACCUUUACACGCUUAGUGCGAUGCUUUUGCACAGGAUUUGACCAGGAACUCAGCAACUUUCAUCAAGAGUUGUUCAACUACAACCGGGAGGGGAUUCAUGCCCACGAGCAGUCCGUCACGUCCGGUGAGGAAAGCGGUGGACAAAGCUCCACGUUGCAGCAGCCCGAUGGUAUUAAACCAGGAACGAAGUCGAUUUUGCGUUCCGCAACGGGGUUGAGUAACGCUUCGUCUAGUACAAAUGGAGGAAAAUCAUCAUCCUCGAGUACUGCUGCCAGCAACUUCCUCGCGACCCGAGGAGCAACUUCUACUUCUGCAGCGGCUGGGAGUGCUGUCGGUAACCAGCCACAGAACGCGUCGCUGAAGCUUUCUUUGCUGCAGAGUGCGAAGGGUACAUCAAAAAGCAGCUCGUCCAGACAAGUCGAUCCGGACCGCAGCCUCGGGAAAAUGUACAAGGAAUUUCGGAAGAUGCAGUCCGAUCUGGAGUCCGCCUUUGUGCACAACCAAAAGCCGGGCGCGAAUCCGACAAGCACGCGGAACCACGGCUCGUCAGCAGCUGCAAGGGCGGCGCUGCACAGUGGAGCGAGUACUAGUUCUAGUUCUACAACUGCAUUGAACAAGGGCAAGGGAAAGCACGGUAAAAAUCCGAAGCAAGAUCAACAUUUGACGCCGGCGGAGCAGAUUUUGUUGGCGCAAGACCCGAGUCUCGUCGAGCGGGACCAGUCGAGUUACUGCGGCGUGCAGCUAGAGCUGGCGGAGCAGAGUCCGAGCCCGACCGCGAAAUUUCUUGGCACCAUGAUCGGUGGUCAGCACCAGAGCCCGAGCCCCAGUCGCAAGCGGUCCCAGGACUUGCGGCGGAAGGCGGCGCUGAACACGAACCAGGAAUUUCAAACCGCCUCCAUCCCGGAACGGAUCCAGGCGCGGGCGGUGAAAGCGCAACAGUACCUGAAACAGCAGCGCAGCAACCAUCCGAACAGCGGCACCACGAAGUUGCUGAAACAAUCACCGUUGCUGAAGGGGUCGCCGCUGCUGCAGUACGGUGGGAUGUUGAACAACUCGCCGGGGGAGAGCCACUAUCCUGUGCAAAAGUAUCGCACUCGUAGUAAUUGCGUUUAUGCAUUACAAAUAUCUUUUUCAACGUAAAUCACCAUUACAAACUCAAUUUGUAAUGCUGCGGGAAUUUGUAAUGCAAUGCUAGUACGAUACUUUUGCAUUGCAUAGCCACCAUCUGUUUGGCCUCGCCGGGGUUGGCACGUACGGAACGAGUCCCGGGUCGGAGGAUCAAGUAUGGAGUGCAAACAUGAUGGCCAGGUAGUCUGGGAAACUGGAGCUUGACAUGCUGGUUGUCUGGCAGUUCUGCAAGGUCUGAUUCUGAACUGCUUGAUGAACAACGAUAAAAGCGCAGGAGCGUGCUUCGCCGUGCAAAAGAAAACGCAAGCUGUAAAAAUGCGCAGUGUGCAGCAGAAAUUGGCCUGAAAGCUUGUCAUGAUGCUUGGCUGCUGCUGCACAUGCCACACUUACAGUUGUUCCAGCCAACAUCAUGCCCAAAUUUCACAUUCGAGGUUUUGAGACUCAGAGUUACACAUGUUUGCACUUGAUACCUGGAGGACUUUUACGAGUCGCAGGCCAGGCUAGUCGCGGACGAAGAAGUGCGAAGUUUUGUCGACGACUUGAUCGUAUCCUGUGCGAAAGUACUAUCGCGCUAGUAGCAAUUGCGUGGUAGAAUACCUCCCCAGUAAGAGAAACUGAAACGGAGUUUGUGAUGCUAAACUAAUUUGGGGAACCAGGUUUGUUAUGCAUGAAGUACAAGUGCGAAGAUACUUUUGUGAUGCAUAGACCGAAAAGAAGUACAACAACGUGCAGCGGACCUUUGACACGUUUCACGCCGCAACCCUGAGCAUCUCCGCAGAUAUGGCGUUCUCAACUGUUACAUUCUCAACUGUUGCAUGCUUUGCCAUGCAAAAUCACAAUCAGAAUCGAUGCGAUUGCGAUCAAGCUGCCUAGCAUGACAAAUUCCCAGAGGACUAAGCAGGCUGAUACUCUUUGC